UUUUUUUAAGUAGAAUUAUAUUUCCCAGUGGUAUCACAAAUUACAAAACUAACCUCAAAAAUUUUGUAAACAAACCAAGACUAUGACUGAUAUUCUAAAAACGGUAGUAAAUAGUGAUAAUGUUCCACAAUGCCAGUUCUUUGUGGUGCGCAAGAAGCGCCUGUGCCGCAUGACAGUGCGGCCGGGGCGGCAGUACUGCGGCGAGCACGAGCCGCAGCCGCGCACCGGGGACGGCCAGGAUGAUACUCGUAUACCUUGCCCUAAUGAUCCGAAACACACUUGCUACGCGAGUAAGCUGGAGAAGCACCUGUCGAUCUGUAACGCGCGGCGCGGCGAGACUCCGCCCUACAUCGAGUACAACAUCAAUGCCCCAACAGAUGUGGACGAGUGUGUCCGCAAGCCACUCAGCGAGAUCCCACAGGACCUCCUUGUGCAAGUCAUUGAUAAAGUGAAUCUUCUCUAUGAAAAACAUAUAGAAGGCAAUAUAACAGAGGUACCAGAAUACUCAAUACACCCAGUGGUGGAGGCGGAGUUCGGAGCGGCAGAGCGCACGGAGCGCUCGCGGCGGCACCUACGGCAGGCGAGCACGCUGCUGCGGCUGGCCGAGGACGCGGGGCUCGUCCGGGACGGGACUUGCUACGUCGAGCUGGGCGCGGGGAAGGGCCAGUUGUCGUACUACAUGGGCAGCGCGUGGUGCGGCGCCGGCACGGGCAGCCGCGUGCUGGCGGUGGACCGCGCCGCCCUGCGGCACAAGCGGGACAACAAGCUGCGCGCUGGGCCUGCCCUGGACACUACCACUACGGAGGAGGGGGGGACAGAUAGUGAACAGAAAGACAGCAAGUUCGAAGCUCCAGCAUCCCGGCUGCGCGCGGACCUGGCGCACCUGGCGCUACACCGCGUGCCCGAGGUGCAGCAAUGUACCGCGGUCGUCGGCUUCGCUAAACAUUUGUGCGGGGUUGCCAUGGACUACGCCGUCCGCUGCCUGACGGCGGCCCCGGCGCGGGCGGCCACGCGCGGCUGCGUGCUGGCCACGUGCUGCCACCACCGCUGCCAGCGGGCCGCGCUGGCCGGCCGCCACCACCUGCAGGAAUUAGGAAUAUCUGGCGAGGAGUUCAAUAUAAUCCUGGGUAUCGUGUCGUGGGCCACGUGCGGCGACGGGCGCAGCCGCGAGCGCCGCCGGCGCCACGACGAGGGGCACGCGGCCAUUGAGGGGCACGCGGCCGUUGAGGGGCACGCGGCCGUUGAGGGGCACGCGGCCGUUGAGGGGCACGCGGCCGUUGAGGGGCACGCGGCCGGUGAGGGGCACGCGGCCGUUGAGGGGCACGCGGCCGUUGAGGGGCACGCGGCCGUUGAGGGGCACGCGGCCGUUGAGGGGCACGCGGCCGGUGAGGGGCACGCGGCCGUUGAGGGGCCCGCGGCCGUUGAGGGGCACGCGGCCGGGGAGGGGCACGCGGCCGUUGAGGGGCACGCGGCCGUUGAGGGGCACGCGGCCGUUGAGGGGCACGCGGCCGUUGAGGGGCACGCGGCCGUUGAGGGGCACGCGGCCGUUGAGGGGCACGCGGCCGUUGAGGGGCACGCGGCCGUUGAGGGGCACGCGGCCGCUGGGGGCGGGGGGUGCCACGUGGCGGAGGACGCCGCACAUUUGGAUAAUAAUGCAUGGUCGGUGGGCGGCGCCGAGUGCCGGGCGGUGGUGGGGCGGAGGGCCAAGGCGCUGCUGGACUGGUGCCGCGUGCUGCAGCUGCGGCGCUGCGGGCUGCGGGCCACGCUGGCGCGGUACUGCCCGCCACACGUGUCGCCGGAGAACCUCGCCAUACUCGCCACCAGGGGGGACUGACGGCCCUAGCCCCGCGAUCAUGCCCACAUGUCAUCGGUUACCCGUAGUGUAUAUUGCGGCGUAAGACACCCUCUACUUAUUUUGA